GCGAGCGGGACGCGGCGCGGAUUGUGGGCGCGCGGGGUCCCGGCGGAGAGCCGCGAGGAUGGUGGAGCACCUGGCCAACACGGAGGUGAACCGCCGGCGCAUCGCCCAGGUGGAGAGCUGCUUCGGGGCGUCGGGGCAGCCGCUGGCGCUGCCGGGCCGCGUGCUGCUGGGCGAGGGCGUGCUGACCAAGGAGUGCCGCAAGAGGGCCCAGCCGCGCGCCUUCUUCCUCUUCAGCGACAUCCUGGUCUACGGCAGCAUCGUGCUCAGCGGGCGCCGCUACCGCGCCCAGCGCGUCAUCCCGCUGGAGGAGGUGACGCUGGAGCCGCUGCCCGAGACGCUGCAGGCCCGCAACCGCUGGCUGAUCCGCACGGCCCGCAAGUCCUUCGUGGUGUCGGCCGCCUCGGCCACGGAGCGCCAGGAGUGGAUCCGCCACAUCGAGGAGUGCGUGCGGCGGCAGCUGCGGGCCACGGGUCGCGCGCCCAGCACGGAGCACGCGGCGCCCUGGGUGCCCGACAAGGCCACGGACAUCUGCAUGCGCUGCACGCACACCCGCUUCUCGGCGCUCACGCGGCGCCACCACUGCCGCCAGUGCGGCUUCGUGGUCUGCGGGGACUGCUCCCGAGCACGCGUCCUGCUGCCCCGCCUGGCGCCCAAGCCCCAGCGUGUCUGCAGCCUCUGCUACCGCCAGCUGGCCGCCCAGAGGCGCCAGGGGGAGGGCGAGGGGCAGGAGGCGGGGGGCCAGGCCGCGGGGUCCCCUUCCGGGGCUGGGGCCUGCUGCGGGGUGUCCAGUGGGGACGAGGACGAGGACUCGGAGGAGGACAAGGAGGGCGGCGGGGAGGGCGACUGGCCCAGCCGGGUCAGGUUCUACGACUCCGGGGUCUCCUGGUCCUCCUUCCACAGCUGAGGGCGGCCUCGGGCUGUGGGGUAGCCCCAGUCACCCUGCAUCCGCCUGCACAGCCUCCUGCUCCCGAGGGCGGGAGACCCCGAAGCUGCCCGGCUCCCCAGGACCCCGCCCUGGCUGGUGGGCGGCGGUGGCAGUGGCACCCCCAGCACCCUCCUCCGGACAUGGGGGUCUCUGUCCACUUGGGGUUGUUCUCUUUCCAGACAGCAAACCCCACACUCACCCUCCUGGGGACGAAGGCCAUUGCUCAGCCGAGAGCUGUGCUGCCCGAGGGGCAGGCCCGGGCGCCUCCUGGGACAGAGCGGGUCCUGCUUCUCUGAGGCCGUGAUCCACGGCACGUGACCUGCGGCCAGGACUCCCCCAGGGACCAUGGGGCUCCAGGAAUCAGGCCUGCCCACCCCUCUUGCUGGUGCCCGCCUGCCGGUCAGCUGGGCUCUGUUGGGCUGGGCAUGUGGCUCCCCGAGCGGCGGUGCCCCCCAGGCUGGCGCCUCCAGGCCCUCCUCCCUCCCUGUGGCCCGGAAGCCGUGUUCGCUGUGGGACUGACUUCUGGUACAGAAGCCGAACCAGACGACUCCUCAUAAACAGGAAGUCACCGCGGACGUGGUUGAAAGCCCAGGUGUCAUCCCGGCUUGUACACCAGAGGCUGACCCCGUGCUCGGGCAGCUGUCCACCGUGACCCAGACCCGGACGUGGGCACCAUGGGCUCAGGUGUUCCCACCGCAUUGGGGUGGUUCCCACGCACACACCCGCCCGCCAGGGGCCCCAGCACCUGCAUCAGUAACGUGCUGAGUGGGGACAGCGUGAGGCAGCCAGGAGCCGCGCGUCCAGCUGGGCCCGGGCUGCCCGGAGGCGGGAGUGUUGAUGGGGAGGCACAGGUGCAGCGAGUGUGUGUUGGGGCAGGAGCCGGAUGCCCGCCUGGCCCACGCCUGGCCCCAGAGCCAUGGGCCCUUUCAGGUUGCCUCCAGCGGUGCUUCUGCCAUUUUUGCCCACCGCCUGGCGCUGUGGCAGGGCCGGCUCACUGCCAGCUAGACGGGGUGCCUUCGGGCCUGGAGAGUCAGCAACGGUCCCAGCAGGGCUGUCAGUGCACCAGCGAGGUCUGCGUGCGGCACACGCCUGGUCCGCUGCCUGGAACUGCCAGGUCUCAAAUAUCCCCCUGACUCUGACUCAGCAGGGGUUCUGGCUCCAGGUGUGAGGCUCAGCCUGCUGUUCCAGGCACCACCACUGGAGGGGUGGAGAGCGAGGUUCCCUGGGCCUGUGAGGCCUUCCUCAUGGGGCAGAGGGACAGG